GCAAAGACCUGCCCAAGAAUCUCCCCGUCACUGAACGCAAGCAAUUAAAGUGAUCCGUGCGUCCCCUGCAUUUGAUCCUCCUCCGACGCGUUUUCGACUUGACAUUCGCGUCUCACUCACUCACACUCGACUUUCUCAUCACCAUCAACCUCAUUUACUCAACGAAAACGCCAUUAAUUCCUCUUUGCACUUGAACAAUCUCCUACAGAGAGUACAGAAGAAACAAGCAAGACACAAUGACCCAACAACCAAUCCUCGCUUUCACCCCCUCCACCUCCACCUCCUCCACCUCCUCCAGCACCACUUCAACCCCCAUCCCAAAAACAACACCCAACCUCCUCCCCUGCCGCAUCCACCACGACGGACCCGUAGAACCUACCGACUCGUUUUGGAAUCCUCGUGAAGAAGAUGGCCUAAAAGUCUCUUACUUCCGCGGCCGCAAGUUGCACGGCAAAACGCUGCCUCUUCCGGAGGGGUAUAAGGGUGUUGUGGCUUCGAAAGCCCCUAAACAGGAAGGGGAGGAGGAGAAGAAGAAGGAAGCGAGGUUACCGCAUGAGAUGUCAUUCGUGAUGGACAACGACAACGAGCCAGAAGUGGUGGACCUAGAGGCCGAGGAGAGUAGCAGGCAGGAGCCAGAGGUGGGAGGAUGGAUGGAGAUCCAGGCGGAGUUUGAGGAGGUGGUGGUUUGGGGACAUGAGAGUUUGGCUGAUGCGGGGGGAGAUGCGUAUGUGAGGGGGGUGGAGGAGUGGAUUGGGUUUGCGAAUAAGAUGCAUUCGUUUUAG